AUGGGAGCGAUUGUAGCGACAAUUCUAAGCAAAGUGACCACUAGCUGCCAGUACACCGCAUUUUUUUCAAACGAAGGUCGCGAAAUGGAAAUGCUUUCAUCCGGCUGUGCUGUUGGCAUUGCAUGUACAUUCUCAGCUCCUGUCGGAGCAGUGCUGUAUGCUAUCGAAUCGACAUCGAAAUAUUUUGCUGUUAAAAAUUAUUGGCGUGGAUUUCUAGCAGCCACCUGCAGUGCUAUUGUUUUUCGUUUUGCCAAUUUUUUUGUUACUGCUGAGCAGUCCGGCGUAAUAACCGCAUUUUACCAGACGAGUAUACCGACAGAGUCCUUUUUGGUGGAAGAAUUACCGGUAUUCGCAGCUUUAGGUUUCUUUACAUUUACGAUCUUCAUGGCACUGGUCCUUACAUUUCGUGAAACGAUGGCCGAUUUCUUCAGCAACUGCACAAUGCAUGUCACGAACGGUAGUCGGCAUCCGUGCAGUCCGAAGCUGCUCCAGCAUUGGACCGGUGGCUCUGCGCACGGCUCAAUCAGCAUUUUUCUCUCUCUUGCCUGUUACUUCGUCACCUACUUUUUUCUGGUGGCAGUAUGCAUCUCUAUCAAUGUGCCUGCCGGUGUAUUCGUACCUUCGUUUGUUAUUGGCGCUGCAGGUGGUCGCCUAAUGGGCGAAGGAAUGGCGUUUUUCUUUCCAGAAGGGCUUCGCGGGGCUGGUGGACCGCUUAUUUUUCCUGGCCUUUAUGCAGUUGUUGGUGAUUUCUAUCCUAAAUUUUUACGUUUUAGCAUAAAACAAAAACGCAUUAAAGAGAGAUAUUACCGUAUUUGUCCGUAUUUUUGCGUGUGUGUGUUUGUAUGUGCGUAUUUAUGA